AUGUGUCAAUCAGUUAACUUCGCUCUUAACAAUAAUAAUGCCACUGUCGAAAUGCUGACUGGAUCGAAUUACAAGAAGUGGAAACAAGACAUUGAAUUUGCGCUGGGAAUUGUUGAUUUAGACUUUGCCUUACGUCAAAAUGAACCGCGUAGACCCACUGAUGAGAGCACUGACAGUCAGAGAGCCCAUUAUGCGAGAUGGGAGAAAUCCAAUCGUUUGAGCCUUAUUGCUAUGAAGAGGUCGAUUGCUGAGCAUCUGCUCAGUGGUUUGCCUGAAAAUUUGACUGCUAAAGCCUUUCUUGAUGCUGUUGGUGAGAGAUUUAAAAUUUCAAACAAAGCUGAGGCUGGGUAUCUGGUGAAUGAACUGACUAAUAUGAAAUAUAACGCUUCAAUCGGGAUACGAGAAUUUAUUCUGAGGAUGGUCCACAUUCAAACCAAGUUGAAGGGCCAUAAUAUCGUUUUUCAGGAUGAUUUUAUUGUGCAUCAUGUUCUGAAUGUUUUGCCUGCUGAUUUUAGCCAGAUUAAAACUGCUUAUACUGCGCAGAAUGAAACUUGGGGUGUUAACGAUCUCAUUGGGAAAUGUGUUGCUGAAGAAGACAAGUUAAAGAAAGAAAAGAAUGAGUCUGCUUUUGCUCUUUUAUCCAUCAAGGAUAAAACAAAAUUCUUCAACAAGAAUAAAGGAAAGUUUAAAAGGCACAACUCUCUUGCUCCUAAGCAAUCUCAGAAUUUCAAAAGGAAGGGCAAUGAUGAUAAAUAUUGA